GGAUACAUGUGUCAUUGUUCUGCUUUAUUUAGACCGUCCAAUCAGAGACGAGCUUUAGCUAAAGGUGUGCGUCGCUCGUACUCGAAGUUUUCGACACACACACACAUUUGUGAGCGGGAAAACACGUUGGCGGGUUUUGUAUAAAUCACCCGUUUUGUCCGUUGUCUGCUUACAUCUCUACCAGCUUUUGGAAAGAAAACAUCCUUGGAUAAGAUUUGUAGGAAAUAUAUCGGUCCUGAUUUGUGGAUCGGGAUUUAUUUGAGAAAAAUAAAGUGCUUUCUCUGAUUUAUUUGUCUGCUACUGCAUUAUAACCGAUAUGAAUCUCACGACGAUAGAGAUCCUUACGACAGACAUGCAGGAGGAUAUCCAGACGAAUUCCCCAACAUACUCCGAGAACAUCAGCGAUGUUCCCGACAUAUCACCAAUCCCUACAGAUGACGUGAUGUGCUCUAAAAUCGUCACCUUAACCACCAUACCAAUGCUUGGUCUGGCGAUCGUCAUCAACUGCAUAACUCUGGCUAUGGUAUCAUGUGACCCAAAGAAACGCAACACGAGGUCCAACAUCUACGCGGCAUCGUUCUUCAUCGCCGAGAUCUUCUAUGCCCUCAACACGCUGGUCGCCCACUACCAUCGCCACUUCCUAAGCUCGCCGGAGCAAUUCGAAAACGUCAUCACCCACGGCUAUCUCUUCAUGGAGUUCGCGUCGCGAGGUGCGAUGGCGAUAUCGCUCGGAGGUGUCCUUAUCGAUCGGUAUCGGGCCAUCUUUAACGUCACGUCAUACUGCCCGAGACAGAGCCUUUGUGUCAGCUGCUGCUACGCCCUGGCAGGUUGGCUCCUAGCUCUCCUUCUCGCCGUCCCAUUCCUGGCUGGGUUGACCGACUACUGGUACACCACCUACCAAUCCCUCCGACCAUUCGAUGUUUACACGGGCGUUCACACUACACUCGUCUACUUCCUGCCCCUCCUUGUCUUCUCCCUCGCGUACAACAUCCUCAUGUGUCGUCUGAUCUCGUGCUCGAACAGGCGAUCGUUGGACAGCUUCGCAGCCAAGGGCAGUCAUCGACAAAGAGUCACACGACGUCGUCUCGCCACCAUCAUGAUCGUCACCGUCAUCGCCUUCGUCGUCACGUGGCUCCUCUACCUCAGCGUCCGCGUCAUUGAAGGCUACUUCAAACCAGAAGACUUUCAACCAAUCAAUAUCGCCGCUCUACGAUUGGCGGGAAACUAUGUCGCCUACCUUGGAUUGUCUGUUUGCUCUGUUCUCGUGUGCGUACUGUGCGGUGACUACAAGUCACUCGAUUCGCACAGGGGAUGUUCAUGUUGCUCAGAUAACCAAAACUUUAUGACCAAGAUCGAGCAGGCUUGGCCUUCAGCUAAACCCAAUCAAUACUACGUUUAAAGACUUUAUCAUGACAGCGAAUAAACUUGCUCAAAAUGAACUGUAAAUAUCUAUGAACUAUUAUGUUAACAGCAAGUGGAAUUGCUGAAAAUGAAUUGUAAAUAUCUAUAUAUUAUACUUAAUAUCAUAAGUUAUAAAUGCCACUACCUGCCUUUCGAGAAAUCCAAUCACGCUUUCUCAAAAACAUUUGUAUCGAGGGGAAGACAGUGAGUGUAUAAGAUAAGGUAUAGGCAUUUUACAAAGAUCAUGCUAUAUUCAUUUGUUCAUAGUGAUGGAAUAAGGAUAUCAUGAAAUAUUAUUAUUUGUUAAAUUAUUACAUUUUAUGAUACAGUAAUUAUGACAAUUAUGUUGUAACACAAACUCCCGUGACAAUGUACCUGCAUGUGAAUAAAGCCAUUGUUUUCUCUCAUUGUGAGACACUCGUAAUUCCUAUUGGAAAUAUGACAAAAUAUCACUGGCGGAUCCAGGGGGGAAUAUUUGAGAAUAUUCUAUUUGCUUCUGUGAGUAAAUAUAAGGAACCACAAGCGGUUAACUUUAUUUUAUUUCGUAAGACGAUGUAUAAAAAAAUAUUACCAUCAUAUUACAUGGAAUGUCAAUCAAGGCUUGUCACUGUGAGGCCUACUCUCAUACCGUAUUGUAAUAAUAUGUGAUACAUGUGCUAUACAUGGUUAGUUUUAAUGGUAACAUUUGUUCAAAUCCUGAAGGUAAAUUAUUUCAAUAUCGUCUGAACGCAAAUAUUAAAGGAAUUUAUAUUUGGUGGUUAAAACAAAAACAAACAAUUCGUGAACAUUUUACAAAGAGAAAAUGGUGUUUCUCAUCUUAACAUACAAUUCAAGGAUAUAAUUGAUGACAUCACUCAAAAAGAAAUCUGUGGACCUAUUGCUGAAUCUAUACCAUAGUCAUGAAUGUAUUACUUGCGAAUUGAUUUUGUUUAUACAUAUCAUGAUUGCAUACUAUAUUGUCUGAAUAGUUAUGAUGCAUAAACAUAUAUCUAUUUAUUAAUAAAAUACAACCAAAAUAUAUAUAAGAAGAAAGAAAUGGAAAAAAGAAGAAAGAAUGUCGAGACCACAUUUCAUAAAUAUUACGCUUACUAUCUUUGUUGCUUUGAAGUUAGAACCAUGCAAUCUAAUGGAAUUUAUAAUUGUCGUUAUUAUUGUAUCUUGCCUUAGAGAUUUACUCUGCUAGCCAAAUUUAUGUUGCCGGUCAACAAUGUGUCCUAAGAAUCAUAUUUAAUAAUGUAUAUAAAUUAGUUGUAAAUAUUGUGUUGUUAAAACACGGUUGCAUAAUCUUGUAAAGAUUAAACGAAAGAUCGAAACAUAA